AUUCUGUUCGAUGAUGCCCUACUAGUCGGCGUGCUCAAUGAUUUUCAUCGUCCGUGGAGUUUGUCAAAUCAUCGACUGACGUUCUCGUCACAACAUGCCAACGUUCGCUUUCCCAAUGAUUUGUUCUGUAUCAUUCCUUACGGAGUUAAUCAUUUGGAUACUCAUGCUUUCUUGCAUCGAUUGAUUCAAGAAUUGUUGAAACGCAACUUGGGGGUCCAUGCACUGCAAUUGGCUUUCGCCUAUGAAAGUUUGCCCCACUUUCAUCGCGUUCUCGAGUGGCUCCUGCACGAAGUUUUGGAAUCCGAGGCCACCUCGAAAUCACCCAUUCCCGAUCCCCUAUUACCUCAGGUGGUCGCAUUCAUUCAGGAAUUCCCCCACUUUCUUGAAACCGUGGCUCAGUGUGCCCGAAAAACCGAAGUGGCCCGAUGGCCUCAUCUGUUCACCGCGGUCGGACGUCGACCGAAAGACUUGUUCGAAUUGUGUGUGGAUUGUGGAAAUCUACCGGCCGCCGCCGCUUAUCUCAUCAUUUUACAGUCCUGUGAACCAAUUGGUGUUAGUCAGAAGUGUACAUUGCAUUUGCUUCAAGCUGCUUUGCAAGCAUCCCGAUGGAGUUUGAUCCGAGAUAUGCUCCGGUUCCUCAACGCCAUCGAUCCAAACGACCUUAGAUGUGACCAAUCAACAUCGUCCAAAUCCACAGACAAGACUACAGAAUCACGCAGUGACACUCAGUCCUCGAAAAUCAACAAACAGUUGACUUCGAUGGAAGCCACAGUGGAAAUGCGGAAUAGUAUCUCUGUUCAAUCACGUCGUUCAAGCACAUUCAAAUCCUCUAGUACACUUCCCACUGUAGACAAUAGCGGUCCGAUUGCAGAACCCAUCACGCAUCGUUCACGCCUUCCCUCCAAAUCCGAUGGAGACGGCAUUCCGAACCCUGCUGCUGGUGGUGGUCAAUCCCUACCGGAUCUGAUCAAGCAAGUUUUCAAACGAACCGCGACCGAUUGGUGUGAUGCAGUACGGCAGCAGCUGAUCUACCUUCUCAAUCAGCUCCUCCAAGCAGGAAGUUUCGAAUGGGCUUCUCUGGUUGCUCUAAUGAUACUGGAUCGUACCGGACUGUUUCACGCCAUAACCCUGGCAGUGGAUGCUGCCACGCAAUGCACUCUGCAGCGCCUUCGUCAACAACCCUCAUCCGGUCUUUCCAACACGACAGUUCCCGCGGAUUCCGGUCCCGGACCUCGUCCAUCGGUCAGUCGAGCCGCGAAUUUGUGGCGUCGUGUCACUGGUCAUCAUCAGCAGCAGCAGCCUACAACGCAAUCGGGAACCGAUGCGGACGAUCCCGAGCACAAUUCAUCCCAAUCCAGUCCGAUAUUCGGAGAUCCUCUGAGUCGCGUGUUUGCCGGAUUACAUCAGUUGAACUCGUGGUCCGUGACCAAUUGUCCCACUUAUCAUCGGUUUAUAGGAUUGCUUCAGCCGGAAUUAGAUCAACUGAUCGAACAGGCUACCUCAUUCUUUGGUCAGUGCGUUUUUGCCAGUCAGCUUCAAUCGACCAGUGCACCUCUGUCCUCACCGACCUCGGUUGCGUAUGUGCAGCUGGAUUCGACCACACCGGAACUGACCAUUCACGCGUCCAACAUGCCGAACGGGUUCGUGGACGAACCGGUAGCUCGGAUAGAACAAGUACAACUGGUCUCCUGUACAAAAAAUACUCCAUCGGAUUUUGAUGGUUCCGAAAAGUCAAGAUCUGAAAGUCAAAUAUACCAAUAUGAGAUCCCGUUUACUGGGGUUGAAAGCGUGGAAUCGGUCCAAUCAUCGCAUCGUCCCUCGAAGAUGGGUGUUGUCGUUCACUCGCUGGACUCUUCCAAUUCCUUGUUAAGCGUUGGACUUCUCACCCUUUCGCCACCGGACAGCCCUGGUUUGUGCGAUACCAGACGCACAGCAUCCGAGGAUUGGACCGAGAGUGCCAAAGCUUUAAAUCAUCAAAAUAGAAAUUUCACCAACUCGAUGCAUACGAUGAGUGUCAAUCCGGACGUGAUCUAUGCCGACGACCAUCUGAUUGAUGGAACGUCGGAAGUGCACUUGCAACACACCCCCGCAUCCGGUUAUAGCUGCAUCUUAUCUUGA